UUAACAGGAAACAAAUCAAACAUGCCAGCUGCUUUCUGCAUUGGGUCAUAUAUGGUAUAAUUUUUAGUCAUCUUCCGCUUUUGGAAAGUGGAAGGAAAGAGUUAAUAUCCCGAGGCACUCAGGAGCAUUCAGGUGUGACUUAUUUCAUUUCUUGGCUGUGGCAGUUAGAGUUGAAACACUUUUGGAAAGCAGCUGUCGGAGUUGCUGAAACAGAGCUGUACAGGAGAUCUUAGAAAAUGGCUGACCCUGAACCAAAUUGUCCUGAAGAGCUAUCUCGAAAAUUGGCACUUGAAGAUUCCGACCCUACAGCAGAUGGAUCUCAGAUCUAUGAAGAAUGUAAGAAUGUAGGACUGAAAAAUGAAAGGGAACUUCUGUCAGAACUUGAAAGAAAAGGCACCCUUACCAAUGGAGGACACCUGGGAAAUGAUCUGACUGAAAAUGGAUCCAAGGAGGAGCCCCCAGGCCAACCUGGCUUGAUUGGGGAAGGGGACACAGUGGAAGAGGAAGAGGUUCUUUGUGACUUCUGCUUGGCUGAGAAGGUGAAGGCAGUGAAAUCCUGCUUGACUUGCAUGGUAAAUUAUUGCCAAGAUCACCUGCGGCCUCACCUGGAGAAUGCCAAACUACAGACCCAUAAACUCAUGGACCCAAUGAAGGACAUUGACAUGCAGAGCUGUGAGGCCCACAAGAGGCAGCUCAGUUGGUUCUGCCAUACUGACCUGGCGUGCGUCUGUGAGGAGUGCCUUGCAGAUGGACAUAAAGCACACAAGGCAGUUCCCUGUGCGGAAGCCAGGAAAGAAAAGGAGGAUGAACUUCUUCAGAUUCAAGCAGAAUAUAAUUGGAAACUGAAAUCAGCUGAAAAUGCCAUCGUUAAACUACAAAAGAAUUCAGAAUCUAUAGUAAGUUCAGUAUCUGAAGUGAAAAUCAUGGUGCAAGGGCAGUUUGAGGAGCUGCUGCAAGCUGUCAUGAAGGCCCGCUCUGAGGUGCUCACUUUCCUAGAGGAGAAGGAGCGUGCUGCAGUUAAUCAUGCCAAUGGGAUAAAGAACCACCUUGAGAACAAGCGAGUGGCAAUGGAGGAAUGUAAGAACAGGCUGGAGAAGAUGGCUACUCACACCACUGACAUCCUCUUCCUAAAGGAAUAUUGUGAAUUCAAGAAGAGUGAAGGAGAUGACACACUGCCCAGUGUGUAUAUUGGCCUGAAAGACAAACUGUCAGGGAUCCGAAUGGUGGUCUCAGAGUCCACUGAACAUCUUUUACAACUUUUACGAACUUCCUAUAAGGAAAGGUUGCAGGAGUUUGCCAAAGAUGAGGAUGCUGGUAUCAAAACAAUGGUGUCUGCAAUUGUCCCAUCCAAACAUCGCCUAUCAGCUCCAGAACCCAAGGGCAGAAAUGACUUUUUCAAAUAUAUUUGUCCAAUAACAUUUGACCCUGUGACAGCUCAUCGCUAUUUGAGACUCUUGGAUGACAACUACAAGGUCACCAAUACCACACCAUGGGAGCACCCAUACCUGGAUCACCCAGACAGAUUUGAGCACUGGCGCCAGGUGCUGUCAGAAAAAAGCUUGUAUAUGGGCCGCUACUACUUUGAGGUUGAGAUAUUUGGGGCUGGCAUUUACAUUGGUAUGACAUACAAAUGCAUUGAUCGGAAAGGAUCCGAGAGCAAUAGCUGUAUCUCGGGGAAUAACUUCUCUUGGUGUAUUAAGUGGAAUGGCAAGGAGUUCUCAGCUUGGCACAGCGAUGUGGAGACACCAUUAAAAAGCCAGGGAUUUAGCAGGAUAGGCGUCUACUUGGAUUACCCUAGGGGCACCCUCUCCUUUUAUGGGAUAGCUUCGGAUGCUAUGAGCCUCCUGCAUAAAUUUGAGUGCAAGUUUGCUGAACCACUCUACCCGGCCUUCUGGCUAUCAAAGAAGGAGAACUCUGUGCGAAUUGUCAAGUUGCGGGAAGAGGCUGAGCAGAAUCCAGCACCAUCUUCUCUUACUCCUCCAACCUCAGGAGAAAGUGCUAAAGCUUCUCCCAGCAUUGCUUUAGCACCUGAGACUGAAACAGGGGCAAGUACAAAGACUUUGGAUUCGUGAUGGAACCCCUGAUUAGAUUAUACGAUCAUGGGCAAUACCUGCUGGGAUCUGAACCAUUCGUACAAAUCAUUAAAUACAUUGUUCCUUUUAUUUAUUUACA